AAAAACACAAGGGAAAGAUGGUGAGAUGAACGACAAAGGGUGGGUGGAGAAACUGUGAAGGCCAUUCACAUUCCUGCUUCCUGUGAUGGCGAAACCGCCAGUAUUUUUUACCUUCCAGUUCUCCAUCCCCGCUGCGCUGCCUACGGCGGCAGUAUGGCGUAGCAUGAGCAUAGCUCUCCGUCGCCACGCACCCCAAAACCCAUAAAAGGCUCGAGACCGCGGCCAGCUACCGAGCCUUAAACACGCGCUCUCUCCUCCUGCAUCUCCGCCCGCCAUGGACUCCAUCCCGCCGCCCGCGCCGCCGUACGCCGGGGACCCCCUCGCCGUCACCAUCCCCCCGCCGUCAUUGCCGCCGCCGCCUUCCUCCUCGCUCAACCUCUCCCCGUCGCUCCUCAUCAUCGCCGCGCUCCUCGCCUUCGUCUUCUGCGCCUCCAUCUCCAUCCACUUCCUCCUCCGCUGCCUCUCCUCGCGCCAAACGUCCUCGCCGGCACCGACCGCUGUCUCCAGGGCGCUCGGCGCCUCCUCCCGCUCCGACGCCGAGGCGGCCGCCCCUUCGGAGACACCCGCGGCGGGCCCGGCGGCAGCGGCAGCGGCAGCGGCAGGGGGCGAGGUGGUCGACGACGAGAAGGAGCGGCUGAUCGCGUCGCUUCCGCUCUUCACCAUGGCGUCGGCGCUGGCGGCGCUGCCCAAGAGCUCCCCCGACUGCGCCGUCUGCCUGUCGCCGUUCGUGCCCGACGCCGAGCUGCGGCUGCUCCCGGCGUGCCGCCACGCGUUCCACGCCGCCUGCGUCGACGCGUGGCUCCGCAACACGCCGUCCUGCCCGCUCUGCCGCGCCGCCAUCUCGCUCCCGCACCCGCCUCUUCCCACCGCCGCCGCCGCCGCGCAGCAGGAGCCGCUGGACGCGAGGAGCAGCAGCAACGCGUCCAGGAGCUUCCGCGUCGAGAUCGGCAGCGUGAGCAACCGACGCUCGUCCGCCGCGGGGGACGACCGCCGCACAUACUCCCUCGGCUCCUUCGACUACCGCGUGGACGAGGAGGUGGAGGCCGUGGUGGCGCGCAUCGCGCGCCCCGCGGCGGCGGCGGCCAAGUCGGCGGUGGCCGGGCAGCGCGCCGCGCCGCAGGGCCCGGGCGAGGCGCUGGCGGAGGCGGCGGGGUCGCGCGGGUGGCUCCGGGAGUACGUGGACCGGCUGGCCUCCUCGGCGUCGUCCCUCUCGGGGCGGUGGAGCGCGCGGUGGAGCCAGAGCCACCACAGCCACCGGCAGGAGGACUCGUGGCGGUGGGACCCCGAAGCGGCGGCCAUGGCGGCGCCCCGUCCGGCGGACGAGGACGAGGCGGGCCUCAUGGGCCUGUACCGCUGGAUCGUAGGCGUAUAAUAGGAGGAUUAUAAUUACAAUUAGCCCGUCUGUAAUUUCGGACCCCUGAAGUUUUUUUUGUCGACUUCCAUAUUAUAUUAGGACUCUGAUGUACGUAAAAAUAGAAUCGGCCCCAGAGCCAGAUGAUGAGCUUUGUUGGAUCGAAGCUUCCGUUGA